AUGCGCUUUUUACUGAUUCCGACGGCAGCAGAAGCUCUGCUUUCUGCCACAAACUACGUGUAUUGUGGACAGAUGAAAAAGAUAUCGUGGAUGUUGCAGCGUCGACAUUUCGCCUUUGUACGCCAAGAUCAGCCAAAAGAUUUAGAAGAGUGUGUGAUGUGUACCAAACGUACGACCCGUGGGAAAAUACGGGGUCUCGGGAGAAGCACGUGCAAGCUUUGUUACGGCUGUGUCUGCUAUCCGUGCAAGAUCCGCAGACGCAUCAGCUUCAUCACGUUGGAUGGACAAUUAGUUCAGCGUAAAGUUACGUUUUGUGCAAAAUGUGUGAGCAUGGCUACCCAGUGUGAGGCACAGGACGCCGCGAGGGAUCAAGCAACGGGCUAUGCGGCUUACAAGACCCUCUCAACAUCAUCACAAUCCAACACGGUAGAAUCAUCGAUGUUCGAGUAG